AGUACCUGUAUUAUUAGGUUGGAUCCAUCGAAGGUCAGUUGUUCCUUAAAAACAAAACGUUGAUCGAUUUGAGCGCUCAAGAACUAGUAGACUGUGCCACAGGCAAAUACCAGAACCUUGGCUGCGAAGGGGGACUUAUGGACUAUGCCUUCGAGUAUGUCAUGGACCAUGGCAUUCAGACUGAGGAAUCCUACCCUUACACAGCCUAUGACUGCCAGUGCAGACGCAAAGGAUAUGCAGUUAAGAUCAAGUCAUUCGUUGACCUCAAGGACGAGAAAGAAGUCACUGCUGCUGUGUCGUCCAAAGGACCAGUCUCUGCAGGGAUCGAUGGUUCAACCCUGUCUUUCUACAGUCAUGGAAUCGUCGAUGCGAGUAGUGGAUGUAGCAAUUCAGAAGAAGACGUGAACCACGCUAUCCUGAUUGUUGGUUAUGGAAGUGAAGACGGAGUUGACUACUGGAUCGCGAAGAACUCCUGGGGAGUUGAUUGGGGAGAGCAUGGAUACUUCAGAAUUCAGAGGAAUGUCAACGCAUGCGGUAUCGCUCUUUACAACUCCUAUCCUGUCGUGUAAUUUAUAUAUAUUGAUAACAAAUAAAUUUUUGUUAUAAAUUUA